ACUUUCAUUGGUCGAUAUGUCUCCGCGGGCUCACUGUCCUCUCUCUGUCUCUCUUACUCUCAUUGUAUGAUUAAAUUCUUGUGGCAAAGUAGGGGAUAAAUUGUGUGUACUUAAAAAAGGACACAAUGUUUGUAUAGAAAGAAUUAAAAGGAGAACAAGGCAACUACCUAAAUAUUCAAAAGAGGAGAGAGGAAAAGGAAUCAAAAAAAAGAGAGAGAGAGAGAAUAGAUCGACAAGAGAACACGGGGUGUUGAGACGUGCUUUGAGAAGAGCGUCCACUGCCAUCGAGGUACAUACAGGAAAAAUACGAGCAAUAUCGAGCUCUUGAUAAUUCGUCCGUGUAUUAUUAAUUAAUAAUCAAGUUUGAUCAAAAAUGGCUCGUACAAAGCAGACAGCCCGUAAGUCAACUGGAGGUAAAGCUCCAAGAAAACAAUUGGCAACCAAGGCUGCACGUAAAAGUGCACCAUCAACUGGAGGUGUUAAGAAACCACAUCGUUACAGACCAGGAACAGUUGCUCUUCGUGAAAUCAGAAGAUACCAAAAAUCAACUGAAUUGUUGAUUCGUAAAUUACCAUUCCAACGUUUGGUUCGUGAAAUUGCACAAGAUUUCAAGACAGAUCUUCGUUUCCAAAGUGCUGCAAUUGGUGCACUUCAAGAAGCAUCAGAAGCAUACUUGGUUGGUCUUUUUGAAGACACAAAUUUGUGUGCAAUUCAUGCAAAACGUGUCACCAUUAUGCCCAAGGACAUUCAAUUGGCUCGACGAAUUCGUGGCGAACGCGCUUAAAUUUUUCUUGUAUUCUUAAUCCUCGUACAUACCAUUUAUUACUACUUUAAUAAUGAUAAUUAUAUUAUGUAAUAAUAAUUGAUAAAAAUCACUUUAGCAUCUUUUUUUUUUUUUUAAUAUAAAAAAAAUCAUCAAUUCUCUAUUCGAUUCAAUCUGUUCUCAAUAACAAUUACAUUUCUAUAAUUAUUAUCAUCACCACCACCACCACUGUCUCUUCAAUAAUAAGGAAGAAAAUUAAAAUUGCGUCAAUAAUUAUAUUAUUUCAUAAUUUAAACACACAUAUUAAUUAUGAAUAAUAAACAAUUAUUUUUGUUUAUUUAUUUUUCUUUUUCUUUAUAAUAUUUCAAAAACAACAUCAUGCUUCUGAAAUAAGGCAGC